CCACUUCGCAAAUAUGGCACCCUCAUACUUCAAACUGAACACAGGAGCCAACAUCCCUGCCCUAGGCCUCGGCACCUGGCAAUCUGGACCAGGAGAGGUCAAAAAUGCCGUGUCGUACGCGCUCCGUACCGGCUACAAGCUCAUCGACUGCGCUUUCUGUUACGGCAAUGAGUCUGAGGUUGGGGAAGGUAUCAAGGAGGCUCUGGACUCAGGUGCCGUAAAGAGAGAAGAUUUCUUCGUCACUAGCAAGAUGUGGUGUACCUUCUCGUCCAGGGUAGAGGAAAACCUCGACAUGAGCUUGAAGGCUUUAGGGCUCGACUAUGUCGAUCUCUAUCUUAUACAUUGGCCAGUGGCCAUGAAUCCUCACGGCAACGAUAUCAAAUUUCCCACGCAUCCAGAUGGCUCCCGUGAUCUUGACUUGUCAUGGUCACACAUCCAGACCUGGAAACAGAUGGAGGAUCUAGUCGGAACGGAAAAGGUGAAGGCGAUAGGGGUGUGCAACUACAGUCUGAAGUAUCUAGAGGAGUUGGUUUCCCAUGCCACCGUGGUCCCUGCGGUUAAUCAGAUUGAGAACCACCCCUACCUACCACAAACCGAGGUGGUGUCUUUCUGCAAUUCUAGAGGCAUCCAAAUCAUGGCAUACUCACCUCUUGGGAGCGCCGGAUCCCCUCUGAUGAAAGAGUCACUUGUGCAGGCUAUUGCUGCGAAGCAUGGACUAUCUCCCGCCACUGUUCUCCUAAGCUAUCACAACAAACGCGGCAGCAUUGUAAUCGCUAAGUCUGUACAGGAGAGUCGAAUUGACCAGAAUAAUAAAAUCAUUGACCUAGAUGCAGACGACAUGGAAGCUCUAGAAAACAUCUACAAGUCAGCUGGGAUCAGGAGAUAUGUAUAUCCGGCCUUCAAUGUAGACUUUGGCUUUCCAGAUAAAUCUUAG